CGGAAGUGAGCGUAACACCCGGCGCUUGAACACUGUUUUGCUUUUACCGUCUCGGUACGGUAAGUGACAGGCGAGCCGUGGGAGGGAGGAGAAGUUUUCCGUCGCUGCGCCCGCUCCCCUUCCCUUCAUCAUGGAGGCUCAGGCGCAUUUCUCCCGCGAGGAGAUCAACAGCACGGUGUGGGAAGUCCCGGAGAAGUACACGCGGCUGAAACAGAUCGGGACCGGGGCGUACGGCUCGGUGUGCUCAACGAUAAAUGAGAAGACUAAGGAGAAAGUGGCCAUCAAGAAGCUCCACAGGCCAUUCCAGUCAGAGAUCUUUGCAAAGAGGGCUUACAGAGAGCUCCGGCUACUCAAACACAUGAAGCAUGAAAACGUAAUAGGACUUUUGGAUGUAUUCACACCUGCCUCGGGCCUGGACGACUUCCAAGACUUCUAUCUGGUGAUGCCCUACAUGUUCACCGACCUGUCAAAGGUGCGGGGGCACCUCUCCGAAGACAGAGUCCAGUUUCUGGUCUACCAGAUGCUCUGUGGACUUCGGUACAUUCACAAGGCGGGAAUCAUCCACAGGGAUCUCAAGCCUGGAAACUUGGCCGUCAAUCAAGAUUGCGAACUGAAGAUCCUGGACUUUGGGCUGGCCCGCAGCACCGACGCGGAGAUGACGGGCUACGUGGUGACCCGUUGGUACCGGGCGCCUGAGGUCAUUCUGAACUGGAUGCACUACACCCAGACUGUGGACAUCUGGUCUGUGGGGUGUAUCAUGGCAGAAAUGAUCAAUGGAAAAACCCUUUUCAAAGGGAAAGACUACAUGGACCAGCUGACUCAGAUCAUGAAAGUGACCGGAGUCCCUGGACCAGAGUUCAUACAGAAGCUGGACACUCAAGAGGCCAGAAACUACGUCAAAGCUCUCCCCUGCUAUCCCAGAAAAGACUUCUCAACACUAUUUCCGAGGGCCAGCGUAAAUGGUAUCGAUCUUCUGGAAAAGAUGCUGGUCCUGGAUGGGGACGAGAGGCCCACAGCUGAACUGGCUCUGGAGCACCCUUACUUUGACACCCUACGGGAACCAGACGACUUUCCGGAGCCGGCGCCGUACGACGACAGUCACGACAACGCCACGCUGUCCCUGGAUGAGUGGAAACGGUUAUGUUUCAAAGAGGUGAAGAGCUUUGUGCCAUUCCCACGACGGGACUCGAAGAGAAAAAACACUCUGACCAUGUCGUCAUGAUCUGAUGAAUCUGAUGUAACUCCUGAUGCGGCCGCCAACACCCCAUACAGCCAAUGUAUAAUCUAGCCCCGGAUUUACACUAUUUCUUUCAUUCUUUGGGUAUUUGGAUUUUAAAUCAGUGUUGAGAAGUAACUAUUUUAAGAGUAUCCCUCCUUUUUUUAUGUGAUGUGAAAUUGUUUGCAAAACAUGGAUUGUUACAGAUUCUCUAUCAGUUUACUGUGUUACAGAUUUAUCGUGACUGAUUGUGUCUGCAUCAAUUACUGUAAUAUUUGUUUUCAAUUAAACCAUAAGACCAAAAUAUAAUUUUUGUUUGACGCCAGAGAGACGUUGCUGGUUAAGGCUCAGUGUUGCUCUGAAGGGGCUUGUUUUGAAUCGAAACCCACGCAGGGUGCAUGAUGCACUCUUCAGGUCACGGCAGACUUUGAUCUGGCUUUAACCUGCUAAGUGGCUUGCGCGCGAAAAUCAUGCUCUGAUGACGUCAAGGGGGCAGGCUCUGGGCAGGCAGAACUUUUAACUAUCUGCCUUCAUCAAGGCAGCCUGAAAGCGACCGUAAAGCGGAAGUCAGGCAACCAGCUUUCAGAGUAAGAGUAGACACGCCAAAGUUGAGUCACCUGUUGGUGAAUAAAAAGAAUUGUAAUAUGUUAAAAAAUCAAAUAAGAUUAUUUUUUUAAAACCCUGAAAAUAUUUUAAACGUAUAGGGUUUUAGUAUCAAAUUAAUUAUACAUUGAAUCCUCUACAUUUUGUACAUAUUUAAAUAUACAAUGAAAACUGAAAUCCUUUAUAUCUUGAAAUAUAUUUGAAUUAGUUCAAAUGAACAAUUGUAUACAUGAUAUUGCUUAAAUUGAUACUGUAUUAAUGGAAAGUCUGAGAUGUUGAGUAAUAGUUCUCGAUUGAGUAUUGUCUUUCACUGGUUUAUUGUUAACAGACUAAAGACUGCUGAAGUGAUGAAUAACGCUAACACAUAUUAAAACUAAUAGUUCCAGGCAUGAAUGUCGUUGA